AAACAUAAACAUAACCUCAAUCUUUGCGAUGCCGUCUCCUUACCCCUUACCGGAACAGAAUCCAGUGAAUUAGAAAAGAAAUUAUCGUUUUAGAACACAAAAUUCAGUCUAUUAUCAACCAUCAUGUCGUUAUGUAUGAACAUUUUGAUCCAUUAAUAUCCUCCUACCGUAUUCAUUAAGCAUGACUUAUCCCUGUGAUUGUAAUUCAGUGUUGAGGGUGUGAGGGAAACGAAGAAGCCUCCUAAAAGAGACAUUUAGAAUCAAAAACCAGACAUUUUACAAUGGGUCUUUUAACUGAUCCAACAACUGGCCAAGGUAAAAUUAUUCAAAUACUCUUGAAUCAUCAUGGAAAAAUCUGUGUACUCCUUUUCCUGUCAUCCCUUGUUUGGUUUGUUUUACUGGCGCAUAAUCAAUUCAACGCAGCAACAUAUUUCUCUGAGAAUGCACUGCUACCAGGAUUAGUGAAAGGAGAUUACAGCGAUGAUGGUGUGGCAAAGAGGGUCAUGGAGGAAUUGGAAGUUGAAGCUGAUGCCCACCAGAAUUCUAUUCCUCAAUCAUGGAUAGUUGCGAAGUUUAGACAGUUCGGACUUGAUACUUACCUUCACAAUUUCACAUUGAACUAUCCAUUAGGCAAAAGACAGAAAUACACUGGAACCAAUAUUUAUGGAAUACUAAGAGCAGCACGAGGAGCGAGCACAGAAGCUGUUGUGUUAUCUCUACCGUAUAGGCCUCCUAGUAGCACAAAUCCAACAACUUUGCCAGGACUUGCUCUCAUGCUAGGACUAAUUAAUUUUUUUGGCAAGCAAAAAUACUGGGCUAAGGAUAUAAUAUUUCUGGUAACAGAGCAUGAGCAGCUGGGUGUGCAAGCUUGGUUAGAAGCCUACCAUGGUAUUUCAUGUGGUUUGGGAGGAGCUGUGGAUUAUGGUGACAUUGAUGGCAGAGGCGGACCGAUUCAAGCUGCUAUAAACCUUGAAAUUCAUGGUCGUAGACUUUCUCGCAUUGAUGUGAAAAUAUCAGGAUUGAAUGGACAACUUCCAAAUCUAGAUCUAUUUAAUCUUGUGCAUCGAAUGUGUGCCAAAGAAGGAAUCAAACACACUUUCUACAACAAGGAUUCAAGUUCUCAUCCUAAUGAUUUUGUGGGAGAAUGGCGCUCAAAGUUGAAUACUUUGGUAUCAAUGGUGGCAACUCAAGCAUCUGGAGUACCCAAUGGCAAUCAUGGAUUGUUCCAUAGGUUUGGAAUUGAAGCUUUAACAUUAGAAGGCUAUGAACAUGGUAACCGCGUCAAAUACAUAACGUUUCAUCAGCUGGGACGUGUUGUGGAGGGUAUUUUUAGAAGUCUGAACAAUCUUCUGGAAAGGUUUCAUCAAUCAUACUUUUUCUAUCUUCUUCCUGCUAGCGACAGAUAUGUCUCAAUUGGAAAUUACAUGAUAUCUCUCGGGGUAUCAGUUGCUGCUUUGUUCGCAAAAUCUUAUGUGACCUGGCUGCAGAUUCAAAUAAAUGGGAAACGUGACACCUCUAAACCAAAAGACGAGGCUUCUAUCAAGACUGUAAAAAUGGUUUCUGCAGACGAUCCAAAGACUCUCAAUUUAGUCGGAGUUGGUAGUGUGAUACUAAUGACACACUUCCUUGGGAUGAACUUACUCUAUAUAUGUCAAAAAUUUACUUCGUUGGGCUAUUUGUCAACUGAAGACUCUCUGUUGGUCGUCUUAGCUUGUUUCUCGAUUAUUAGUCUGGUGUUUCCUUUAGUAAUUAAAAGAUGCUUCCGUAUCAGCAACAAUUGGAUAUUGUUAAAUAUUCUGGCUCUUAAUGAAUUGGCAACCUUGUUACUUUGUGUAGCAAUGCAUAACUUUUCAUUAGCAUUUAUAGCUUCAACAAUUUAUGUUUUACCAGCAAUCCUGAUCGACUCGAAGAAGAAUAGCUUUUAUAAAAAGACGCUGUGGCUUCUCCUGCAUCCUCUGCUUCUCCUUUUUUGGGCCGUUUUAUUUUAUACUGGCUUUACUUUCAUGGAUUUGAGCUACCUGACAAUUUUGAAGAGAGCAGUGAGUGCUACCAAAACAACAUUAGUUUUAAGCGUAGUAGACACCUUUGUUUACGGUAGUUGGCCUUUUACAGUGGCGACAAGCACUCUCCUACCCAAUUGGUUGAUGUUUUGGUGGGUGCUUAUUUUCUCAGAAUCUAGAGACUGUAUAGAUCAAGCAUCAAAAGUAACCAAAGAGAAGAGUAAAAAUAAAGCCAGGACGAGUGAUUCGAAGAAAGAUCAGUGAGAGAUUUUUUCAUUAAUUUUCUAGUCGCAGAAAUAAAGCAAAGAACAUGUUAAAAAAUCAUCCGUCCGCUGAAUCAACUGCACUUUAAUGGCAAAACUCUAAAACUAUGUAGUUUGUAUCAUGAAGCUGCAGAUUUCCUCUCACAUUCUGAACUUUUGAAGGAUGACUGGUUUUCACCGUAAAAUCUUUGUAUGAUAAACUUAGAAAAACUUUGUUCUAUCAAGAAUAUUCUCCAAAAGUUUGCUAAAAAAAAGCCCAGUCAGUAAGAAAUACUCUCUUUCCCGUAGGAAAAUCCAGUAGAAGUACAAAUUUUGUAACAUCCCAAUAGAGAUGUUUGUUUUUGUACUCAUACUAUCGAUAUAUUUUUUACUACUUUACUCCCAGUUAGUAAGGCAAGUAUUCUUAAAAUUUUGAAUUUUAAAAAAAAAAUCUGAAAACUUAGAAACGUUCCUUUAGUCUACUGCAUAGGAGACUAUGUUUUUUAGGUUUUUUAUCAAGUAAUAUGUUUUAGUACCUUUUUAAGUUUUAGGUAAGAAUAUCAUUCAUGUUUUUAGAAAUGUAUUUCUACUUUUCACGCUCACAUCAGAAAUUGAUGGAAACAAAAAUAUUUAGACAUUAACUUUUUAUAUUAACUGGGUAGUCCAUGUAAAUUAUAAUAAAUUUUCAGGUAAAAAUUUUUCUAAAGAAUUGCUUUUUUUAGCAGUUUCUUUAUUAUGAGAGAUAUCAUUCCAACAGAAGUUGAAAUGCAAUAUUUUCAGGAAGUAAAAGUAUUUACUUUAUUGAUCUCAAUAAAAACUCAAUUCAGUUUCACUAA